CUAGCUCAGUCUGGCUGGCCCCAUGUUACUGAGCGGAGCUCCUCCGGCCGGCUCCGGCCCGGGGCCGAGGGCACAGGGGAACGCGGGGGGCGGCCCGGCGGGAUCGCGCCGCGGCGCCGGGGGUGCAGGAGCCGGCCCAGGAGGGGGCGGCAGCGGCGGAGUGGCCAAGUGGCUCCGGGAGCAUCUGGGCUUCCGCGGGGGGGGCGGCGGCGGCGGCGGAGGUGGGGGCAAGCCGGCGCCCCCGGAGCCGGACUACCGCCCCCCCGCACCUUCCCCGGCCGCGCCCCCCGCACCUCCCCCGGACAUUUUGGCUGCCUACCGGCUGCAGAGGGAACGUGACUUCGAAGACCCCUACUCCGGGGGGCCGUCCGGCACCGCUGCCCUAGCCACCCCCGCCGCCCCCGGCCCCACGCCGCCCCCGCGCCAUGGCUCGCCCCCCCACCGCCUUAUUCGGGUCGAGACCCCUGGCCCCCCAGCUCCUCCGCCUGAGGAACGAAUCUCUGGACACCCCGCCAGCAGCGACAGGUUAGCAAUUCUAGAAGACUAUGCGGACCCUUUUGAUGUUCAGGAGACUGGCGAAGGCCCAAUAGGCGCUUCAGGAGCCCCAGAGAAGGUCCCUGAAAAUGACGGCUACAUGGAACCCUAUGAGGCACAAAAGAUGAUGGCUGAGAUCCGGGGCUCCAAGGAGACAGCAGCUCAGCCCCUGCCUCUGUAUGACACACCCUAUGAGCCAGAGGAGGAGGGGGCCACCCCAGAGGGUGAGGGGGCCCCUUGGCCCCGGGAGUCCCGCCUGCCAGAGGACGAUGAGAGGCCCCCCGAGGAGUAUGACCAGCCCUGGGAGUGGAAGAAGGAGCGGAUUUCCAAAGCCUUUGCAGUUGACAUUAAGGUCAUCAAAGACCUACCUUGGCCUCCGCCCGUGGGACAGCUGGACAGCAGCCCCUCCCUGCCCGACGGGGACAGGGACAUCUCCGGUCCAGCCUCACCCGUCCCCGAGCCCGGCCUGGAGGAUGGCAGCGCCCAGUUUGAAGGAUCUGAGAAGAGCUGCCUGUCACCUGGCCGGGAGGAGAAAGGGCGCCUCCCUCCCCGACUCUCUGCAGGGAACCCCAAGUCAGCCAAGCCCCUAAGCGUGGAGCCCAGCAGCCCCCUGGGGGAGUGGACAGACCCAGCACUGCCUCUGGAAAACCAGGUCUGGUAUCACGGGGCCAUCAGCCGAACAGAUGCCGAGAACCUGCUCCGGCUGUGCAAAGAGGCCAGCUAUCUGGUGCGCAACAGUGAGACCAGCAAGAACGACUUCUCCCUGUCCCUCAAGAGCAGUCAGGGUUUCAUGCACAUGAAGCUGUCGCGGACCAAGGAACACAAGUACGUGCUGGGCCAGAACAGCCCGCCCUUCAGCAGCGUCCCUGAAAUCGUGCACCACUACGCCAGCCGCAAGCUGCCCAUCAAGGGCGCGGAGCACAUGUCCCUGCUCUACCCCGUGGCCAUCCGGACUCUGUAGGGGUGAGGCCCCGGCCUUGUGACAGAUCUGGACCCAGCCCUGGGCGACCUCUCCAGCCUUUCUUCCCCUCUUCCAGGAAUCAAGUGGAAGCUGUGAUAUUCCUUAAUUUAUUCUAAAGGGGAAGGGCUACAGGGACCUUGGAGUUAAAGGUGGUCGGGAGCUGAGGAUUGAAGACUCCCUGGGGAGAAAGGAUAGCCCCUGGCGGAAAGAGACUGCAGCAUUACUGAUGUUCCGAGGGGUUUAAGAUCGACAGCUCCAGCCCCUUUCUUCCCCUAGGGCAGAGGUGGCGACCCUUUUCCCCCCCGCCAUCCUCUUCCCCCUAGGGUGGAAGGGUGGAUGCGGGAUGGAGCUGGACGCGGGCCAACGGGGCCCCCUGGCCAUCUCUUCGCCUCCACUUCCGAACCACCGGUGGGAGUUCACCCAGAAUCUGGCGCGGGGCUUCGGGUAGACCGACCCCUGGGGUGGAGACAGCAUUGGGGGUAGGGAAGGAGGGGAAGGGCUCGGCCGCCGGGAACUUGUGCAGGCCCCGGGCCGCCCCGGCUCUGGGCCAGAGGCAAUAAAUAAACUCCGUCCUGCCAGGCA